AUGGCCGUCAAAGAUGACUUGAAGGAGGAUACCAAAUCCAAACAAGCCAAAACAAAGCAACCCAAGGAAGAAGAACUCUCGGAAGAAGACCAGCAUUUAAAGGAUGAAUUGGAAAUGCUUGUGGAGAGAUUGAACGAGUCGGAUCAUGACACAGAAUUCUACGAUCAAUGCUUGAAGACUUUGAAAGAUUUCAUCAAGGACUCUACCACAUCGAUGACUGCAGUUCCAAAGCCAUUGAAAUUUUUAAGACCACAGUACCCUGUGUUGACUGAGAUUUAUGACAAAUGGACCAAGAACUCCAAUCACUCGGAUGUUGUCAUCAAGUUGGCUGAUAUCUUGUCUGUAUUGGCUAUGACUUACUCUGACGAUGGUAAGAAGGAAUCCUUGAAGUAUAGAUUGCUUUCAUCAGAAAUUGAUGAUACCAUCGCUGACUGGGGUCAUGAAUAUAUGAGGCAUCUUGCUUUGGAGAUCGGUGAAACUUACCAAGAAAAGUUGGGAGUUGACGAAGAUUUAAUCCAUCAAUUAGUCCAGUUAUCCUUGAAGAUUGCACCUUUCUUCUUAAAGCACAACGCUGAAGCCGAUGCAGUAGAUUUGUUGUUGGAAAUCGAGUGCAUUGACAAGUUACCUGAAUUUGUCGACGAAAACACUUACGCUAGAGUCUGCCUUUACAUGGUUAGUUGUGUCCCACUCCUUGCUCCACCUGACGACUCAUCCUUCUUAAAUACCGCUUAUUCAAUUUACUUGUCCCACAAUAAAUUAACUCAGGCCUUGACUUUGGCCAUGAAGUUGGACGAUCCACAGCUCAUCAAGCAAGUGUUUGAAGUCACUGAUGACGAAUUGAUUCACAAACAACUAGGCUUCAUUUUAAGUCAACAGAUGCCAAGCUUCAAAUACCCUGGUGACAACGAAGAAGUUCAAAACACCAUCUCUAAUAUCAAAUUGCACGAGUACUUUGCGUACUUAGUCAAAGAAUUAAAUCUCUUGGAUCCUAAAGUUCCGGAAGAUAUCUAUAAGUCUCACUUGGAAAAUGCUAAGUUUGGUAUUGGUACUUCUGGAUCUAUCGACUCUGCAAAGCAGAACUUGGCUGCUGCAUUUGUCAACUCAUUCCUUAACUUGGGUUACGGUGUUGACAAGUUGAUCCAAACAGAAGAAGACAACAAGUCUUGGAUUUACAAAACCAAAGGUAACGGUAUGAUUUCAACUACUGCCUCCUUGGGUUCAAUCCACCAAUGGAAUAUCAACGACGGUUUGCAGGUAUUGGAUAAAUAUACUUACUCUUCGGAAGACGAAGUCAAGGCUGGUGCUCUCUUGGGUACUGGUAUUGUAUCUGCUAACGUUCACGAUGAAAUUGAGGCUGCCUUAGCUUUGCUUCAAGAGUAUGUCAACGAUCCUAAGAAGAUCUUGCAAACGUCCGCAAUUAAUGGAUUGGGUAUUGCUUUUGCAGGCUCAUCUAACGAAGAAGUUUUGGGCUUGUUAUUGCCAUUAGUAAGUGAUUUGGAUAUAUCUAUCGAAGUAUCAUCCUUGGCUGCAUUGGCAUUGGGUCAUGUUUUCGUUGGUACAUGCCAUGGAGACAUCACAUCAACCAUUUUACAGACCUUAUUGGAAAGAGACUUCACCCAAUUGACCAACAAGUUUGUAAGAUUCUUGUCUUUAGGUUUAGGUUUGUUGUACAUGGGUAAGACCGAACAAGUAGAAGACGUCUUAGAGACUAUUGAUGCUAUUGAACACCCAAUCAGUAAGACCUUGAAAGUCUUGGUUAAUAUUUGUGCUUAUGCUGGUACUGGAAAUGUAUUACAAAUUCAAAGUUUGUUGCAAAUGUGUACUGCCAAGCCAAAGGAUGACAGUGAAGAAGAAAAGAAACUAGCUGAAAGCGAAGAAGACGCAGCCGUCGCCGCUGCCGCUGCUGAAGGCGCCGCUGAAGGUAGUUCUACUGAUGCUGCUGCUCCUGAUGCUACAGAAACUGCAGAUGCAAAUGAUGUUGAAAUGAAAGAUUCCGAAGACAAAGAAGAGACCAAAAAGGAAGCCGAAGACAAGAAGGAUGCAUCUGCAACCACGGACGAAGAAGAAGAAGAAUUAUAUCAAGGUUUUGCCGUCUUGGGUCUUGCUUGUAUUGCUAUGGGAGAAGAAAUUGGACAAGAUAUGUCAUUGCGUCAUUUCUCACACUUGAUGCAUUACGGUAACCCAUUGAUCCGUAGAGCUGUUCCUUUAGCUAUGGGACUUGUUUCCUCUUCCAAUCCACAAAUGAAGGUGUUUGAUACAUUAUCACGUCAUUCGCAUGACCCAGAUUUGGAGGUUGCACAGAAUGCUAUAUAUGCUAUGGGUCUCGUUGGUGCUGGUACAAAUAAUGCAAGAUUAGCACAAUUAUUGAGACAAUUGGCAUCUUACUACAUCAAAUCGACUGAUACAUUGUUUAUGGUCAGAAUUGCACAAGGUAUUUUACACUUGGGUAAGGGAACAUUGUCAUUGAAUCCAUUCAAUAGUGAAAGAACCAUCUUAUCAAAGGUUUCAUUGGCUUCGUUGUUAACCAUAUCAGUUGCAUUAUUGGACCCUAAAUUCUUCAUUUUAAGUGAUUCCAACACUGCAACCAGUCAUCAAUUAUUGUACUACUUGACCCCAGCUAUAAAACCAAGAAUGUUAAUAACAGUUGACGAAUCAUUAAACCCAAUUAAGGUGAAUGUCAGGGUUGGGCAGGCUGUUGAUGUGGUGGGACAAGCAGGUAAGCCUAAGACCAUCACUGGUUGGGUAACUCAAUCCACACCAGUUUUGUUAAACUACGGAGAAAGGGCAGAAUUAGAAAACACCGAAGAAUGGAUCAGUUUGAGCAAUGCCUUGGAAGGAAUUGUAAUCUUGAAGAAGAACCCAGAGUAUAUGGAGGUUGAUAACUAG